UGUCCCGUUUGUUUUACAAAGGAAAGGAUCGGAAUUCUUUUUGACCACUUCCGUUGGAAAUGCGUUUCAUAUUUAUAAUUGUAAAAAACUUCAACUUCUGUUUGUUGGACCUCAACUGGAACAAGAUAUUUCCUGUCUUACCGCUUACAAUGACUUUACUAUCGCUGCUGCUGGGACUGAUUUGUUAUGGUUUCUUCGGGGAAAACUUGUUAAAAAAAUCAAUUCGCAUCAAUCGCCUAUUUGCCUACUUUAUUUGUUCGGAGAAACUUUAAUCUCCAUCAGUGAUGGAAAAUUGUUAAAGUUGCACUCUGUUACAGAUGGAGAAUUGUGCGGGGAGAUUGACUUUAGUCAAAGUUUUUUCACUAUCAGCGCCUUGACUCAUCCCAGCACCUAUCUUAAUAAGAUCCUGCUCGGUUCCGUCGAAGGCAAACUGCAACUUUGGAAUAUUCGCUCUCGAAAUCUUGUCUAUGAAUUUUCUGGUUGGAACAGCGAAGUAGUUUGUCUCGUGUCUGCCCCGGCCGUGGAUGUUGUGGGGGUCGGACUGCAGAACGGACACAUCAUCAUUCACAACAUACGCUUCGACCAGAUGGUGGUCUCUUUUCACCAGGAAUAUGGUCCCGUCACCGCCAUAGCUUUCCGGACGGACGAGCAUGCCGUGCUAGUCACAGCGUCAGGCGGUCGCCUGCUUUUCUGGAGUUUAGAACAGCGCCGGUUAAUUAGCGCCCUGACCGAACCCCAUUGUGGCCAGGUGACAUGCGUGGAAUACUUACCUUCCCAGCCGGUCCUGGUCACGAUUGGAUCUGAUAAUUCUAUCAAGAUGUGGAUUUCUGAUCGACCUGACGCGAAUCCUCGCCUACUUCGGUCUCGCUCCGGUCACAGCGCGCCGCCAGUCAAGGUGAGACAUUACGACGAAGAGGGAAGAUAUCUCUUGAGUUCUGGGAUGGAUAAAGCUCUGCGUCUUACAUGUUCCCUCCGGGACUCGCAAAACGUAGAAUUUUCUCAAGGCCACUUACUGAAGCGGGCUAAGAAGCUUAGUAUAACCGCGGACGACUUAAAGUUUUCUCCUAUUGUGGACUUUGCUUCUUGCGCGGCCAGAGAGCGAGACUGGGAUAACAUUGUCACCUGUCACCUGCACGAGCUUGAGGCUCGCACCUGGAAGUUUGCCGACAAAGUUAUCGGGUCUCAUGUGCUUAAGCCGCCUUUUGUAGUGGAAACGUCGGUGAUUGGGGGAGAGAUCGACAUUAAAGGCGCACGGGUCCCCUCCACACCCUCAUCUUUCAACGUCCAGCAUGCCGCCGUGGCUAGGAGAGUUGAGCUCAGCGCUUGUGGGAAUUUCGCCUUCAUUGGCCUGUCUAACGGCCAAGUGGACAAAUACAACAUGCAAUCCGGACUGCACCGUGGCAUGUACGGCAGACCUGCACAUAGCGGCGCUAUUCGCGGAAUAUGCACCGACGCGACUAAUGCACGUGUAAUAACCGUUUGCGCGAAUGGCAAAGUGAAGUUCUGGGAUUUUGAGACGCGGAAAUGCCUGGGAGAGCAAAACUUGGGCGCUCCAGUUGCUCAUGCUCGUUUACAUCGGCCAACCAAUAUGCUAGCACUGGUCUGCGACAACUUUGUUGUUCGUGUCUACGAUGCAGAGACGCAGCAGCUCAUGCGCACUUUCCGUGGUCAUGCAAACCGCAUUACCGACGUUGAUUUUAGUCCGGAUGGCCGUUGGCUAGUCAGCGCUUCAAUGGAUGGAAGCGUGCGUAUCUGGGAUAUUCCAUCCGGUAGACUUCUGGAUGCCUUUUUGGUCUGCUUUCCGGUCACGUCUCUCUCCUUUGCGCCUACUGGUCAGUACCUGGCCACUUCCCAUGUAGACCAUUUGGGCAUCUUCCUUUGGGCCAAUAAAACUCUGUUUUCAAACUCUCAAACCGCUUUUCUACCCGACAACUUUCAGCCGAACUAUAUAGACAUGCCUUCUAUUGGUACCUCAUGCCACAGUGAUGAAGAAGAUUGGCCAGCUAGCGUUACAUUUGCUGAGGACGAAUCGUUAGUACCCCAUCCGUCACCCAAUCAACUAGGCGUUAGGUGUCUCACUCUUUCCUUGAAGCCAAUGAAUUACUGGCAGACAUUGAGCCAGCUGGAUCUUAUCAAAGAGCGCAACAAACCAGUUGAGGCUCCACAAAAAGCACCAAAGGCCCCUUUUUUUCUCUCCACACUUCCUGGGCUCACUCCCAAGUUCGCUCUCGAUGAAACUCAAGAGGAGCUGCAAAAUAUACUUAAUAGAAGUUCAUCUGCCAGUCGCGUCUUGGCACCCGCCUCUUCUGUUCUGUUGCCCCCUUUGCAAACUUUUCUUUGUAGCUCUUCUAGUGGAGACGAUUCUAAAAGACUUACGGACGUCUUAGGCCACAUGACUCCGUCAGCUGUGGAUCUGGAAAUUCGUACCAUCAAGUCUGCGGAGGCUCUGCAGAAAUUUAUGAAGCUUGUUAACGUCGAACUUCUUAGCGGCCGCAAUUUUGAGCUGUUAGAGACUUAUAUGUCUAUAUUUUUAAAGCAACACGGCCGAAUGGUUGCCGAAAAUACUGAACUACUGGCUACGCUGGAGAAGGUGCAGCUGACGCACAAGAUUGCUUGGAGCAACGUCUCAAACUUGCUUAACCACUCUCUCUGCCUUAUUGAAUACUUGAAAAAUUUAUAAAAACUUUUUGGUGUAAUCAGCUUUAUUACAAAGUUAAGUAAAGUCUGUCUUUUUCCGGA